AGGACGCUGAACGGCUGGGUGCCAGUGCCGAGGUUCCGGCUGUCGGUGUCGCUGCUAAAGUCGGGGAUCGGUUGCGAAGGCGACAGCGGUGUUUUAGUGUUUAUUUAAAAAAUAAAUAAAUAAUUAAGAGUAGAUGGGAACCAACAUGCAGUUGGUGUGGGGGCUUGUUGCCCUUUUUUGUUUUCACCGCACCGCUUCGCGAACAGCUGGCUUCAUAAAGUCCCCGAUGUCUCAGGCGAAACUGGUGGGUUACAGUGCCACGUUGCACUGUGAGGCUAUAGGUGAGCCCAUCCCAGAGAUACAGUGGUGGUUCGUAGAGGGCGAGGAGCCAGUUGAGACCGCCUCCCAGCUCUUUGAUGGGGCGCGUGAGGAGCGUGUCCACAUCAACACCACCUAUGUCCGCCACGCUGCCAGCAGCCUUGCCCUCCGCAGUCUCGUGCUCAACGACACGGGCACGUAUGAGUGCCGUGCCUCCAACGACCCCGACCGCAAUCGCCCGAGGACGCCGCCCAAAGUCAAGUGGAUCCGCACGCAGGCGAACAUAAUUGUGUUCAAAAAGGCUCUGAUUAUGACCGAGCCAGCCGAGGUCAACAACCAGACCUCCGCUACACUCAGCUGCAACCUUACCAAUCCGGCAUCCGACAUCAAGGGCCACUACUGGAGCAGAAGUGGCAAGAUAAUUCAGGACACCAAAUCGACGAGCAGUUCUCCCCACACCCACUACACCAUUACGAAGAUUGAUUUCCACUCUGCUGGAAUAUACGCCUGUGUGUUUUUGACUGACCCACCUGUCGAGGAAACAAUUGAAGUCAGGAUUCCUCCUCAUGUUUCGGCCUACAAGCACUCUGAGAAUAGUAAUGAGAAUGACAUGGCUUCGCUCAUGUGUAUAAGCCAUGGCUACCCCUUGCCAACUGACUGGAAAUGGUACAAGCUUGGUAAAACACCUACGGACGCUAAAAUGUUCAUCAUUAAUGGCACUGAGAAGUACAGGAUCAGAAGCACACCCAACAAUUCCACACUGUACAUCGAGAACCUGGACAUCAACGAGGACAUGGGUGAAUAUGAGUGCAUAGGGGAGAAUGACUUGGGAAGGCACAUGGAUAAGAUCCACCUGCGUGUGCGCAGCCGCCUGGCUGCCCUGUGGCCCUUCCUCGGCAUCGUGGCUGAGGUCAUCAUCCUCAUCACCAUCAUCUUCAUCUAUGAGAAGAGGAGAAAGCCUGAUGAGAUUAAUGACGAUGAUGACUCAGGAUCUGCACCAUUGAAGAGCAACGCCGCUACAAACCACAAAGACAAGAACGUGCGACAAAGGAACUCCAACUGAGGGAAGGGAGCAGGUAUCCUGAUGACUACUAAUCAAGCUACAAGAAAAGCAUAAAGUUGCAGAGUAGCACAUUACAUGGUGUGCCCUGCAAUUUACAAAUAACUUUGUUUGAGAGUAAAUGUCUUGAAGUAUUGAUUUCCCCCCCCCCCCCCCUUUCUCCCAAAAUUAAUCUGUAUUGUGCUGCCAGCAAACAUAUUUUAAAGUGGGUUUGUGGGUGGGUGGGGUAAGGGGGAUGCAUGACUGUUCUUGAUGUAGAAGUGUUUAGUGAAACCAUUAUAAUGUGGGAAUGAACAAUUGGUGCUUUUGGUUUUUGCUUCCUCCAGUCCCUCAUUACUCCAGCCUGGGUACUAAACUGUUUGUACUGGUCAGUUUUACUACCUGCUUUCUAGUCUGGAACCACGCAUCUUUUCCGUCCAGGUUCACCUUUUUAUAUUUUUGAAAAGGCAGUUGGAGCAGUUUUAUUAACAACUUUGUUCCCAGACUGGUGUAGUUCUGCAUCUAUUCUGAAGUAUUCAAAAGUCUCUAUAAUCUGUUCACUGUGUAAUGAUGUGGGAUUUGCUGAAGCUCAGUUUCUCUGGGUGUUCUCGAUGUGUGCAACUGCUCAAAUUUCAGCCAACCGCUCAAUUUUUUUUUUUUUUUGCGUAGUAGUCGGACUCCCAGUGCCGUUAAUUUACUCAUUCACUUUGGCAGUUCUUUUUCUGUAAGCCUUAAUGUUGAUUAUCUUCACUGUUGUGCUUAAUUUUAGUUGUAGAAAGAUUAAGUUAAUUAUUAAUGCAGCUUACACAUGAACACAUGCCAUUUUGCAGCCAAUUAAAUUGCACUCUUAAUUAAGAUUUUAAAAUGCCAAUUCUGUUUUGUUUUCCUUUUUUUUUUUUUCUGGACAUAGUCUUGUUCCUGACUAAGGCUUAGUAUAAGACCAGGCUUAAAUCAGAGAGUUGGUUCAUGUGGCUGUUCUGAUGCCAUGCUUUCAAUUAAGGGGUAAUAUUAGCUAUCAAGCUUCUAACACACAUGGCAUAAGGCCAUUUUAAAAAGACCAAGUAUGAGACACGUGUCCAAGGAGCAAAUGGCACUCACGCAAUUGCCCAAAUAUUUGACUAAUGUUAAAUAAAGGUGACAUUUAAUGGAGGUUUGUUUUGCUCAGUGCUCAUUUAAAUUGUUUCUGAAUCCAUACUUUCCGCCAUAUUUUACGCAGUUAUUUAGUAUUGUGAUGGUGUGUGCCAUUUCUUUAAGAGGCAUGUUAUAUUAAACCUUGAUAGACUUGUAUAAAUUAUUUUCCUGAUCAACAUAUUAAAUCAGACGCUGUUAACUACUGACUUGCACACUCUGAAUAAAGUUUGGUUUGAUUUUAACAUCA